GCAGCAACAACAACAUCAGCAACAGUACAAUGACAGCCACCAGCAGCAGAACUACGACCAUCAGCACAACGACGGCCAGCAGCACCACGACAACCCGCAACGCUACAGCCAACACGCCCACGACGACUACAACGACCACGACCCCCGCGACCUGCCCGACCGCCCGCCCACCGCCGCCUCCACCGACACCACCCAGGCCCCCUACCUGUGGCAGGACUUCGACGGCACCCACGCCCCCGACACAGUCCCCGAGGAGGACGAGCCCCAGCCCGCCCAUGGCCGCCACCGCAGCAGCUCGUCCCUCAUGCCCAGGGGCACCGAGCUGCCACACGGCGUGCCGCCGCCCGACGAGGACAUGGUCUUCUACCCCGCCCCGGUGCCGCGCAUGCUGAACCUGCCGAAACGCCUGUCUCAGCUGCCGGCCAGUGACGUCGCCGCACGACGUCGCACCCAGGUGCUGGAUCAGAUCGAGGCCGAGAACCGCAAAUCCGCCCCUUGGCUCACCAGUCCAGACCCGCCCAAGAACCGCAAGAGCCGCCAGAGCGUCGCCGGCCUGCCCGCUGCCCUGCGUGCCAGCGCCUUCUUCGACCAGCAGGGCCCGGCCCAGGAGUUCGAGGUCAAGGGCGAGUCGGCCGAGGACACGCUCGACAGCAUCCUCGAGGCCUCGGCCCGCGCCCCUGUCUCGGCCUUCACCGACCACACCUUUGGCGGCGGCUACAGCCCCGAGCACAAACGCAAGAGCACCAAGAUGUCUCUCAUGGACCCGGUUGUUGUGGAGCCAACAAAGAGGCGGAGCUCGUUCAACAUUCUCGACACAGACACCAACUCCAGCGGGAAGAAGCUGAACAAGCUCAAGAAGCGCAACAGCUCCGCCGACAUGAACAUCCUGAUCGCAAGGGCCGCUGAAAGCCGCAUGAGUCUCGGCGCGGACCUCGACGACCCUGACCAGCACGCACGAGGACCAAACGACCCCGACGCACGAGGCCCGAACGACCCCGACACCGCAUCUCGCCACUCGUCCGACGACGACCACAAGAGCGAAGACGAGCGCGAAAAGGACGCCGAGUUCGAGGAGGAGCCUCUGGACGACGAAGAGCCGCAGUACUUCGGCCCUCCGACCACCCUGCUCGCCGAGCUCCAGCUGCGCAAGGCGAAGCAGAAGGAGCGCAACAUGAACUACGUUACGAUGGUCGAGGAAGGCAAGAUCACCUCGCAUCGCACGCUCCUCGACCUCAACGACGAUGCUGAGAAGGAGCAUCAACGCCGGCUCAAGAAGAAGGUGCAGCUGGCGUGGGAAGCCCAGGAGGACGACUCAGACGAUGACGUCCCUCUCGGCGUCUUGUACAAGCAGCCCCAGCGGCGUGAGAUUGACUACCCGAUUGGCCUGAUUGCCCAGCGCGAGCUCGAAGACCACGAGCCCCUGAGCCGCCGCCGCGAGCGCAUCACCGGCAUCCCAAACAGCAGGCGAGCCCCCGCCCCGGGCCCCUACGACAGCCAGACCACGCUCGAGGUGCCCCGCGUCGCCACCCCCGCUCGAGUCCGAGGAAGAAGAGCACACGGGCGAGACCCUCGGCGAGCGCAUGCGCCGCCUCAAGGACAAGCAGAUGCUCGAAGCCGCGCUGGGCGACGACGUGCGCAACUGGGCGUCGACGACUCCACCAAGGACCCCAAAGACCCCCCCGCUGCCCCCGCAGACCCCGACGAAGAAACCCUCGGCCAGCGCCGCGCCCGCCUCAAAGCCGAAGCCGAAGCCCGCGGCGACCCUCCCGCCGCCGCCAUCCCCCCCCCUCUCCGCUCCAAAAUGAGCCUCGCCGACGUCCUCGCCGCAAACCCCCACGACGCCUCCAACCAAGCCCGCAAAGUCUCCGACCAGCAGCUGCUCGCCCACCUGCCCCCCGGGUCGCUGCUGCGCCAGAACGCGCUCGCAGAGGAAAAGCGCCGCGUCGCGCGGCUGAACCAGAAUAUGCGGUCGAGUAGCUACAACGGCCCCGCUGAUCCGCUGGUCAGGGGCGUCGGGGAUGCGAACACCAAAGAUGACGAGGAUAUUCCGCUUGCGCAUAGGAUUCAGGCGUAUAAGGAUAAGAUGGCGGGUGUGGGUGGGGUGGGCGAGUCGCAUGCGCGCGCGCAGAGUAUGCUGUUCAAUCCUGCGCUCAACGCGAGCCAGUCGUCGAUGAUGAUGCCAGGCGGUAUGCCCGGUAUGCAAGGCGCGAUGCCCGGUCUGCAGCCCACCAUGCAGCCCACCAUGAUGCAGUCCCAGAUGCACCCCGGCCUCGGACCCCGCCAGUCCAGCAUGCCCAUGCAGAUGAGCAUGAUGCAGCAGGGUCCGCAGAUGAACGUUGUGGGCGGGAUGCCGAUGAUGGCGCCUAUGAAUAUGGGGCAGAGUAUGAACAUGGGGCAGGGUAUGAAUAUGCCGAUGCAGAAUAUGGGCAUGGGCAUGCAGGGUAUGGGCCAGGGCAUGAACAUGUCCCCGGGCAUGAGCAUGCAGAACAUGAACAUGGGCAUGAGUAUGGGCCCGGGCAUGGGCAUGAACAUGGGCAUGCAGAGGGGUAUGCCCGGCCAGCCGAUGCCGAUGGGCAUGCCGAUGGGCAUGGAUAUGCUGCCCAUGAACGGGCAGCAGAGGAGCAAUAUCGAGGGGUGGAUGAGGGGGAUCCGCUGAUUUGUGUUCUGAUCUCUGUUCUGUUCUGAGUUCUGUUCUGAUUGCCGACGAGGAGAAGAGAAGAGAGCAGAGGGGGGUUGUUGUGCGCAGUACACUUCGCAGUACAGUCCGCAGUGUUGUGUCUUCAGCGGUUCGGUCCGGUUUGACUUAAUUUAACCGCAAGUGUUAUUCUUCCCUUGCGUUCGCGAUAGAGGCAUUGAUUGGUAUGGUAUGGUAUGGUAUGGUAUGGUAUACAGCGGUACCUGGAUUCUGAUUUGGAUUUUGGACUUCGAUUUGGAUUUGGCUUUGGAUUGGUACCUGGAUUGGACAUUGGAUAUUGGACAUUGGACAGCAGCAUGGGCGACGGCGUUGGCACAUCAAGCAAGCAAGCAAGCACUGCAUAGCAUAGCAUAGCAUAUCACUGCAAGUAUAUCACCGCACGCAUGUUCCAAAGCACAGCAAGCACGGCAC